ACUAUACAUAGCUACCGAGCCCUACGUGAUACGUGAUCACGUUGUCCCCUUUUUCUUCUUCUCAUUCGCCUAUCGCUGAAACUCCGUCACUCCCAAUCUCGUGUAGCCUUGUGCAUUACCUACUCCCUCUCCCCCGGUUUCCAGGCUUCCAACUCGCCCAAACAUGGCUCCCGGGCGUGCCAGAGUGCUCUCCUUCAUCUCCCAAUGGGGUGGACCGCGUUUACCUCCCUCCACCAACGUUGCUACUUCACCUGCUGACGACGCUCCUUCCCCAUCUUCCUCCUCCUCGCCCCAGAAGGUCGCGCCUUCCACAACUAAUGCUGAUGUUGACGCUCUCUUCCCCGAAGCUGCUUCUACCUCUCCUCCGCUCAGCCCUCGCUCCUCUCCUCGUCACCGUCCUUCUCGCUCCGAGUCUUAUACAGACGAUAUCUCGCAGAGGCGGUCUUCGCGUCCGCUGUCCAUGAUCCAGACCUAUCAUCCUCCAGUCAUGGCGCUCGAAAAAGAUACUCUACCCGAGCUGAUGCCCAUCUUUACAUACUUGAACAGCCAUUCGAACAAACUAUAUCAAGAGGGCUACUUUCUGAUGCUGCACGAUCUGGACACAAGAGGACGCCCGAGCCCAAACAGAGAAUGGUCUGAAGUGUUUGCCCAGCUUUCUGGCACUGUGGUGUCUCUUUGGGAUGCUGCUCAGCUCGAUGUUGCCGGUGCAGAUGGCGAAGUCAUUCCGACCUUUAUCAAUUUGGCUGAUGCUUCAAUCAAGAUGAUUCCUUCGUUACCCAUGACUGGGUCUAGUACGACAGGCCAGACUCUGCAGAACGUCCUGAGUGUUUCCACAGCUGCGAACAACAGAUAUCUCCUACACUUCAACUCUCUCAACUCCUUGACUCAAUGGACUUCUGGCAUUCGCCUGGCCAUGUACGAACACACAGCCCUCCAAGAGGCCUAUACCGGUUCUUUGAUUGCUGGCAAGGGCAAGACGUUGAACAACAUUCGCGACAUCAUGGAGCGCACAAGAAUGAAACACGAAGAUUGGGCAAGGGUGCGGUUUGGAGCUGGUACUCCAUGGCGCCGUUGCUGGUGUGUUGUCAAUCCUCCAGACGAGAAAGAGUACGCAAAGUUGCAAAAGACCAUGAAGAAGCGCGGCGCAUAUGAUAAGUCACAGCCUGUGUUAAAGGGCGACAUCAGGUUUUACGAAACCAAGAAGGUUACAAAAAGGACUCGGCCGAUCGCCACCAUCACCGAAGCAUAUUCAGCAUACGCCAUAUAUCCGCAGUCUAAGCCUCUCAUCGACCAAUCUACCUUGGUCAAGAUUGAAGGUCAGAUCACGAUUCACUCCAAGCCAGAGUCUACAACCGAAGGCUUCGUCUUUGUCAUGCCCGAAUCUCAUCCUGCUGUAUCCGGUUUCGAGAUCAUGAUGCGCUUCCUCUUCCCGGUCUUCGACACGUUUGCCCUGUAUGGCCGUCCUAAUCGUUUGGUGGCCGAGCCUCUCGAUACUCGAGGAUUGAUGUUUGGCAUGCCAAAAGAUCGCAGAUAUGGCUACCUAGAACUAUGGGAUGUCGCAAGCUUGAUUCUCAAAGACGGCUCGAAGACGUGGAAUGAACGCCAGUGGAGGAAGCAAAUGAAGGAAUUGACUUCUACCCGGAUGACUUCGGGACCGUCGCGUGAGCAGAGCUCAACGACGAACCGGCGAAACACUCUGUCUGGCAGAGGCGCCGGAGUGCGUUUCAACGAGAACGGUACCGCGUUGUCUCAGCCAAGCACUCGCCGAAGUUCGCCUUCCCGUGAAGAAUAUAUUGCCGCACCUCCUAGGAGAACCGAUUCUGCUCCGCCCAUCAGCUUCGCCGGACCUAAACAUCAGCGUUCGAUUUCGGAAAGUCAGUACCAAGCAAAGAGGUAUGACAUGAAUGGUCGCACCUCAUACGAGAAUCCGUCCCCGCCUAGAUAUCUUGGUCAAGGCGGUAGCCAAGCGUCACUGCCCGACGGUUAUGAAACAGGCGAUGAAGGCGUCGCAAGGCCUGUCGUUCCACCAGAGCUGGAGGCUGUCGCCAUGGGUACCCCUCCUCCGACCCAUGUGGCCAUUCCGCCCGCAAUGACGCACAAGCCCACUGAGAAACCAACGCCAAUGCCGCAUACCUCCCCGGAAUUGCGCCGUGCAACAUCGAAUGUCGAUUCUGCAACACUGCAGCAAAUGGCAGAUGCUAGCAAUGCUCCUUCGUCAAACUACUCGACGGCUGGAGCGGCAGCAGCAUGGAAGUCAAGCCUCGAAGCUAGGGAAGGUCGUCGCAGUGGCGACUCGGAUCGGAGCGGUCGCCUUCGCCCAGAUCAGCGAGCCUUCCAUCAAGAUCAAUUAGGGCCGCGAAAUAACAGACUGCCCACCAUCCCUGCUUCCCCAUUCAUCGAGCAGAGCGAUCCUACUGCGACCGCGAUGGCCAACUAUGAGCCUACUGCGCCUUCAGUACCCGAACAUGGCGUUCCACAGGAGUAUCAAGAUAUUGCGAAUACCAAUCCUCUUGGUGUGUCGCACGGGGAGGAGGUUUACGAGGAUGCGCCAAGUCGCCCUCUGAACAAUCCGGGCGUUCAACGCAAACCAGUUCCAGGUCGGUCACCACUAAACGCUGAAGCACUCGCGCCUUCGGCGCCAACAAGCUCAAGUCUAAACAGUUUACGAAGCAAUGUAAUCGAGCCGGAAGCUCUAGAUCGCCUCGGAGAGCGCGAAAGGGUACUUGCUAGAGCACCUAGCUAUUCGAGCAGUAAUUACGAUAACCAGUCAUUAGCAUCUACAGAUUACGCCAGCACAGACCACGCGAGCAUGAAGUCUACCAUCAGAAAACCUGUACCUGCGGUUCCAGCCAGGGACUACGAUAGACCUAGAACGGGCGUGUUGAGAACUGUCGGUCAAGUAGAAGCAAAGCCUGUCAUCGUGGGAGACAUGGAAUAUGGUACGAAGCCAAAGACUGAAGCAGAAUUGGGCAUGCCAACAAUCGAUUUCGGGCCAACCUACGCCCUGAAACCUGAACCCAAGUCGCGACCGGGCACCAGCGGUACUAUGAUGCAGUCGGCUCACGAUCGAUCACGCUCACGAUCGAGGGAACGAUUGAGUGCUAUGGGUGGUGCUGUGACACCUGACAGCGCCAACCGUCUGUCGUAUUUUGGUGGUGGUAGUCCAGGACAGCCAUCUCCUAAUGACAGCGACCCUGCACUGGACAAGCGGCGCAGCGUGAUAUGGCAGCCAGGGAUGGGCACGUCACCUGCAGGCUCGCCGGCAGGGCACCAGAGUAAACCUAGUCUCAGUGCUGAAGAGUGGGUUCAACAACGAGCGAUUGCUGCUUCCCAACCUCAUCUUCCGCCUCGGGUCUCCCCGGCGUCUGGUCAAGUCAACAAUCUUAAUGGUGGUGGUUUCCAUCCAACAGGCCGGGCAGUUUCUGGAGACUGGUCUCAGUUGACGGCCGGCUACCAAAGAAACCCGACAGACCGCGUGCCAUUACGACCUCACUCUCGGGGUGCAUCUGUCAUGCUGAACCCUCAAGGCUUGGUCAACACCGAGUCGGCUAAGCUAUCUGCUCGAGAGCAAGAGUACGUAGCUCGCGCCACUGGCACACCUUUGAUCGAGCUUGAUCAAACAAAGCAGCUACAACGACCCAAGUCAUCUGGACUGGUUGGUGCUAUUGAGGCUCGCGAAAGGGAAAAACGCGAUAUUCUCCAGAGUCGGAGCUCCAGUGGCACAUUGGUUCAGAAUGCUCUACAGCAACGGCAACAACAGAUGCUCCAACAACAGCAACACGCCAUGCAGCAGCAUAUGCGCGCAAACAGUCUUGGGAACAUGAGCAUGCUGAUGCAGCAAAAUCCGGCUAUGAUGAACAUGGGUGUCCCAGUCCAGCAGCAACCGUUCUCUCCACAGCCGUUUAUACCUCCUUACGGUCAAGGAAUCCAACAGAAAUCCGGCUCUCCCUCAUUAAUCAUCAGUAUGGCUACGGUCCAUCUACGCCAGGUCGCAGUCCCGGAACGCCACAGCAGUUUCAAGGUGGAGGUCCUGCCACUUAUGCUUCUCAGCAAAUACUACCACAAGCCUACGGUGCUAGUUGGGAUGCUCAACAGGCGCAACAACAAAAUCGAUACAAUAAUCAAGGAAGACGAUGAUACUUAAUAACAUGACAUGACUGUAAUAUCGAAUCAGGGAGCACAUUUUUAUCAGGUUUUGCAUAGCGAGCGAGAGGCAUUGAGAUCAAGAAAACAUUCCAUGCAUUAUAAGCAUUCAGCCCACGGCUUUGAAUCCCUUUUGUUUAAUCUAUCGCAGUGGUUAGGGACGUCUUCAGACGUCGGAUGGCAUACAUAUAUACAUACAACUGGCUUUGGUGGAACUCUAUACUCGAUUCCUCGCAUAUGCCAUUAUUAUAGACGACAGACUGUACAUACACCACCAACCAUAUUUUUUUGGCUUGUCCUUGGGGGA